AUGCGGCGCUAUCCAUUGCAUAUCAACGUCGCCCUCACCGUCGUGCUAUUGGCGAGUUGUGCAACCGUUGUGCAGGCCGGCAAACGAGAGAGGGAGGUCUGGUAUGAAGCGGCGACGCGGGCGAUCGAGAUGCGGAUCAGGGAGGCAGCGAGUACCAGCGUCAGCGGCACGACGCCGCCGGCCGGGGUGGCGCGCGGCGUCGUCCUCUUCGUCGGCGACGGCAUGGGGAUGAGCACCCUCACGGCGGCGAGGAUCUUCGCGGGUCAGCGGCACGGGAACCCGGGCGAGGAGACGCAGCUCGCGUGGGAGCGCUUCCCGGCGGUGGCGUUGGCGCGGACGUACAACAUGGAUGCCCAAGUCGGCGAAUCGUCGGCAUGCGCGACGGCACUGCUCUGCGGAGUUAAAGCCAAUUACGAGACUGUUGGUCUGGAUUCAUCGGCACGUUUCGAGGACUGUUACUCCAGUUUCGAGGCGCGCGUUCCUUCGCUUAUUAAUUGGGCCCAGGAUCAAGGCAAAUCGACGGGACUGGUUACAACCACCAGGGUUACACACGCGACACCGGCGGCUCUUUAUGCACACGCGGCCAGCCGUUACUGGGAGGACGACGGCAAAGUACCACCUGCUGCACGUACCUCUUGCAAAGACAUCGCGCGUCAGCUGCUCGAGGACGAGCCCGGCUGUAACAUCACUGUGAUACUUGGUGGUGGCAGACGCCACUUUGUACCGAAGGUGACUUUGGAUCCCGAAGAGCCGGAUAAAGAAGGCAGGCGAUUGGACGGUCGAAACCUUAUUGAAGAGUGGUCCAGGAAUCAUCGUAAAAGAAAUAUAGCCGCGAAAUAUGUCGCUAAUAAAGAGCAAUUUGAAAAGGUGGACACACGAAGAGUGAACCGAUUAUUAGGUCUCUUCGCCUAUUCUCACAUGGACUUCGACGUCGACCGGAACACGAACGACACCGGCGAUCCUUCUCUGGCCGAGAUGGCGAUUAAGGCGCUUCGGAUACUGGCGAACAAUCCCGAGGGAUACUUCCUCUUCGUGGAGGGUGGAAGAAUCGACCAUGCUCACCAUUACAACAACGCUUAUCGCGCCCUGGAUGAGACCCUGGCGCUGGAGGAAGCCGUCGAGGCAGUUAUGAAGGAGGUCGAUCUCACGGAAACGCUUCUCGUGGUAACGGCGGAUCACUCGCACGUAUUAACCCUCGGCGGACUGGCAACGCAUCGUGGGAAUCCCAUAUUCGGCUCCGACAGCAAGGUGUCGGACGUUGACGGACAGCCCUACACGACGUUGCUCUACAGCAACGGCCCGGGUUACGUGCACCCGCGGAAUAUCCUGCGAGAGGCUGGGAAAGAUUCCAUUCAGACGGCGGGCGUGCCGAGGGCGUGGGCGACGCACGGAGGUGAGGAUGUGCCGGUGUUCGCCGUCGGGCCCCUCGCGGGCGCCCUGUUCUCCGGUAGCGUCGACCAGAGCUACAUCCCGCACGCGAUCGCCUACGCCGCCUGUCUGGCCCAUCACGCCAGCCGCUGCUCCCGGGAUUCUACGAACAACGCGAAUGCCAGCGACACAAUGAACGCCGCGCCGAUAAGCUGUCCCUCGGCAGAGCCGAACAGCGCGGCGAUAUCCAGCGACGUGAUGAACGACCGCAUGCGAAAUCCACCCACGAAAUCCGCCGCCGCCGGUCCCCGCCGCACGUCGGCCGGCGGCCCCACGCUUCUGCUGCUGCUGCUGCUGCUGACGCCGUUGAUGCCUCUGAUGCCCGUCGUUCUGCUGAUUCCCCGGUGUCCCUUCGAAAGGACGAGUUAA